AUGGCGAUGACUGCAGGGACUACAACUUCCUUUCCCAUGAGUAACCACACCCGGGAGAGAGUGACAGUGGCCAAACUUACACUGGAGAACUUCUACAGUAACCUAAUUAUACAGCAUGAAGAGAGAGAAACCAGGCAGAAGAAGCUGGAAGUGGCUAUGGAAGAGGAAGGCCUUGCAGAUGAGGAGAAAAAAUUGCGCAGGUCACAACACGCUCGCAAAGAAACAGAGUUUCUGCGACUAAAGAGGACUAGACUCGGCUUGGAUGACUUUGAGUCUUUGAAAGUUAUAGGAAGAGGAGCAUUUGGGGAGGUACGCCUCGUUCAGAAGAAGGAUACAGGUCAUAUUUAUGCAAUGAAGAUACUAAGAAAAGCAGAUAUGCUGGAGAAAGAGCAGGUAGCCCAUAUCCGAGCAGAAAGAGAUAUUUUGGUUGAAGCAGAUGGAGCCUGGGUGGUGAAGAUGUUUUACAGCUUUCAGGAUAAAAGAAAUCUUUAUCUUAUCAUGGAGUUCUUACCUGGAGGUGACAUGAUGACCUUACUAAUGAAGAAAGAUACCUUAUCAGAAGAGGAGACACAGUUUUACAUUUCUGAAACUGUGUUGGCCAUAGAUGCUAUUCACCAGCUGGGAUUCAUCCACAGGGAUAUUAAACCAGAUAACCUCCUACUGGAUGCUAAGGGUCAUGUAAAACUGUCUGAUUUUGGGCUAUGCACAGGUUUAAAGAAAGCUCACAGAACUGAGUUCUACAGGAACCUCACACACAACCCACCAAGUGACUUCUCAUUUCAGAAUAUGAACUCAAAGAGGAAAGCAGAAACGUGGAAGAAAAACAGGAGACAGCUGGCAUAUUCUACUGUUGGAACUCCAGACUAUAUUGCACCAGAAGUAUUCAUGCAGACUGGGUACAACAAGCUGUGUGACUGGUGGUCUUUGGGAGUGAUUAUGUAUGAAAUGCUAAUAGGGUAUCCACCUUUCUGCUCAGAAACACCACAGGAGACUUACAGAAAAGUUAUGAACUGGAAAGAAACGUUGGUGUUUCCUCCAGAGGUGCCCAUUUCAGAGAAAGCAAAGGAUUUAAUUCUGAGGUUUUGUAUCGACUCAGAAAAUAGAAUUGGUAGUAAUGGAGUAGAGGAAAUAAAAAGUCAUCCAUUUUUUGAAGGAGUAGACUGGGGGCAUAUCAGGGAAAGACCAGCUGCUAUCCCUAUAGAAAUCAAAAGUAUUGAUGAUACUUCAAACUUCGAUGAAUUUCCUGAAUCAGAUAUUUUACAGCCAGGUGAGAACUUGCCAAACACAACGGAACCUGACUACAAAUCCAAAGACUGGGUUUUCCUCAAUUACACCUACAAGAGGUUCGAAGGGCUGACGCAGCGUGGCUCCAUCCCUUCUUACAUGAAAGCUGGGAAGUUGUGAAACAAAAACAUGCAAACCCACAGAAGAAAUCAAAAUACAAACCUCAGGUAGCUG